AAAAAAAAAACUGUCAUGUGGCAAACCUGUCACCGACAUUUUUCUAUUAUGUUUUCUAAAGCGUCGGUAUUCUUAUGGAAUUGUAAAAUAUUUUGAAUCCUGUAGUCAGUUUUCUCCUUCUUUGAAUCGUAUUCUAAUGUUAUAAUAAUUAUAGCCAAACAAAUGUCUACGGAUUUUUAUAUUAGAUACUAUGUUGGACACAAAGGGAAAUUUGGGCAUGAAUUUCUCGAAUUUGAGUUCAGGCCGGAUGGAAAGUUGCGAUAUGCUAAUAAUUCUAACUAUAAAAAUGACACAAUGAUUCGUAAAGAAGCCUAUGUUCAUCCCUGUGUUAUGGAAGAGUUAAAAAGAAUCAUUUUGGAUUCUGAAAUUAUGCAUGAAGAUGACCGGCUUUGGCCACAACCUGACCGCGUUGGUAGACAAGAAUUGGAGAUAGUCAUAGGUGAAGAGCAUAUUUCCUUCACAACCUCUAAGACUGGAUCAUUGGUAGAUGUGAACCAGUCUCGUGAUCCAGAGGGACUACGCUGCUUUUACUAUUUGGUGCAAGACCUCAAGUGUCUUGUGUUCUCAUUAAUUGGUCUUCAUUUUAAAAUUAAGCCUAUAUAGUAAUGUAUUAAGUAAACAAUAAACAUUGAUGUCUUUUAA